GCCGCGAGUCACGUGACCAGGUGCUUCAGUUUCCGAAGCGGAAGGCUAGUGGCACCCUGUUGUUGUCUUCCUACCACCUUCAUUUUCAGAUCGAAACUAAUCUUAGGUUUCGGACACUACCUGUGUAGACGAUUCUUUCUCUCCCCUACCCCCCUCGACCUCUGACCUCCGACAUGUGGUGGGCAGGGGCGAUCCUGGCACUAGUGCCAACAGUGUGCCUGGCAGUCAACCUGAAGGAGGAUAUCUUCGACACUGCAGUGGAAGUUGAGGAAGAGAGAGAGUGCCAUGGGACCAGCGUCGGGUUCGGGUACUCGGGUACCCUGGAGCUUCACUACCAGCAGCUGCGCAAGCGUUACGCAGGCUGCACCUACGUCCACGGCAACCUGGAGAUCACCAACCUGGACGAUCCGAUGCUGAAGUACGACCUCGACUUCCUGUCUUCCAUCAGAUAUGUCUCCGGCUAUCUCCUCAUCGGACUUUUGACUCAGGUGGAGCGGAUCCCUCUGCUGAGUUUGGAGGUGAUCCGUGGCAACCAGACGUAUCGCAUCCAGGGUCAUGAGUACGCACUAGUCGUGGCCUUGACCUCUCGGGACACGGCGCCGGUCACGGGCCUCAAACACCUGCACAUGCCCAAACUCAAAGAAAUCUCACGAGGUCGAGUGAUGUUUUCCGAGAAUCCACUGCUGACGCACAUGAAGUCCGUGUCGUGGGACCUCAUCACCCGCGGAGAGCCGGACAGCGUGCACCUGGCGACCAAACCAUUCAGCGCCAAACUGCAAGAUGAUGUGUGCCCCGAGGAAUGUCUGGUGGAUCCUUACAGGCUAUGCUGGGGCGACGACCCCAGUCUGUGCCAGGAGGUGGUAACAGGUUCUUGCGCGGAGAAUUGCAGGUUUCGGUGUUACGGACCAGGAGAAGACAGCUGUUGUCACCCUAACUGCGCUGUAGGAUGCACAGGGCCUGGUCCUCAAGACUGUUUGGUUUGUAUGGACUAUGUGCUGGACAACACCUGUGUUGGUUACUGCCCAGCAAAAACGUACCCAAAGCUACAGACGUGUGUGCGAUUCUAGAUCAUCCUGCCAAGGGUACCUGCAUCCAUCUUGUUCAUUAAUGGUGUAAAUACUCCUUAAGACAAAGCUCCACCUCCACUGGCUAAAGAAAAAAAAUUCUCAAUGUUUUUUCUCUAUGUUUUGGUAAUGUCUCAGUAUGUUAAAAAUUUUGUGCCUUUUUGACUGUAUUUUGUGUAGAAGGGGCAAUUAAAAACCAUUUCCUUGGAUCGAUUUCUGUUCCCACUGCAGAUUUGUCAGAAAACCCAAAGGAGAUUCUUUCUUUUAAGGAGAAAUCCAAUGCAACUAUCACGUUGUAUUAAUUGUUUAUAUUUAUACAGGUGUAGGUGAUACGACAUAUUGCUUGGCUCAAAUUAACUUCAGAGACCAUAGUAUCAAAGAUCAGAUACUUUUUUGUUGUAGGCAAAAACAAGGGAAAUGAAAAGUUUGGUUGAAAAGAUAAAAACUGACGUUCUAAAUCACGUCCCAUCAAAUUUUCGGGUUGCAUCAUCUCCGUACACUCACGCCCAAAGCACAGGUGUGAGAUGCUCCAGUAAGCCUCCAAGUUAUGUUGUCGAGGGACAUCACAGAUGGUGGUGCACGAGAGCUAGCAGUCAUCCUGGAUCUGGAGAUCGUGCAGUGAACUUUCCAACCUGAGCACGAGUGAUGAAAUGUUGAGCGAAUUGCAACAAACUGGCAUUGUAUAAUAUGUAUGUAUAUAGUAUAUAAUGUAAACAAACAGUAACCUAGUGUUUCAAUGUAGCUACUGCAUGUUUCAAAAUGGCAAUCGUUGUGGAAGAAGUUGUCGGGCCAGCUUUCUCUGUGUGUCAAGAAUAGAAGAAUAUCAAAGAAACAUCAAGCCAAGUCUGCAGACAUCAUUCUUGUAAGCUCUGCCUUUCAGCAGAUUGCAAGUUGGCCAUGCUUCUCUUUGACUGCAACUUAAAAAUCAGGGUUGUGCCGGCCAAUCGGCAAAAAAUGCUCACUGCAUCAUUUGACGCCCUUCUUGUCCAAUGCCUACGUCACACAUAGUCACGCAAGAGUAGCAAACAUUGUGGCCUUCGUGACGUAGUGCGCUUGAUAACCUCUGACCCAGUAUUACUUUGUUUCUUUUAAACACUAGCAACAGAAAAUGUUAUAUGUAUGAUGAAUAAAACAUCUCAGGAUUCCCAU